CCCGCAUAAACAGCGUUUUAUGCACACAUACGAAUACCUACAUUAGAAAUGGUUUAUGUAAUAAUCCUACACAAUAUAGGAUAAUUAACGAUAGCACACUGCGGUAAAUUGGUACCUGAAUAACACAAAACUUAUUGUUUGUCGUUAAUAAUGUCUUCAAAUUGCUGGCCACUUACUCCCAAUCACCACCUGAGACUCUUGUACAGAGCAAACAACAUGCAUACAUAAAUCUGCAAACAAUAAAAACACAGAAUAAGUAUGGCUCAGAACCCAGAAAAGAAACGGAAAUGUCCAAAGUGCUCAAAAACGUUUAAAACGGGCUACGACUUGACUAACCACAUCGUCAGGCACGAUCCAAAUGCCAAGGUCAAAUGUCAGGUUUGCGGCCUAAUUUACAAAAACAGACUCGCCUUAUCUAGCCACAUGUGGCAUAUUCACAGAACUCGGGAGCUACCACGUUGUGACACGUGUAACCGGGUGUUUUCCACUGUUCAAAACUUGCGUGUCCAUACUGACACCGUGCACAGCACGAGGGAACGGCUCCGUUUACCAUGCACGUUUCCCGGCUGUGAGAAAACCUUCCUGCACAAGCACCACGUUGCCAGGCACGUGAGAACGAAUCACGCCGAAAAUCCGGUCCGAUUUCCGUGCACACUUUGCCGAAAGGAGUUCAAAACCAGGGUUGAACUUGAGGGUCACAUCCUCACCCAUACGACGGAGAAGCCGCACACUUGCACAACUUGUGGGAGGAGAUUCGCUCAUAAAUCGCACAUGAGAAGUCACGAGGUGACGCAUUUGGAGAAAGCUACCCGACACAGGGAAAAGUGUUCCAUUUGUUGUCGCACCUUUUUACCUAGGCGUAAUUUAGAAUUUCAUUUUCGAGCUGUGCAUGAAAAUCGGAGGAGUUACCUAGUUGUAUAGGCUCAAGUGUCAGUAAUUUAGAGGGCUACAACUUUUUUAAUUUUAGCAAUACAAAUUUCUGAUGUAUUGCAUUUAAAAGCCAGUUAAAUUUCAAGUUGGAAACAAUUUUUAGUCUUAAAAAUUUCCUCCUCCUACGGCAAUGCCACGCUGAAGACGAGACGGCCACUCCUCGAUGGAAUUACGCACAAUUCCAGGGACAUUUUGUGGCAUUCCGGGGUCAGAAAAUUUU